AAUUAUGUGUCAAAGAAAAUUUUUUUCUGGCAGUAGGUAUUUUAAUGAAAAUAGAAACAAGAAAACUGACUGGAAAAUAGCUGAAAUCUUUAAGAAAAAACUUGAAAAUUUAAAGAAAAAUCAAUAAUUUGUUAAAAAAUUAUACAUAUAAGUGUCGGGCUGUUUAACAUUUUAUUAAGUUUUGCAUAAAUUGGCUACAAUAUGGGUAAUACAGACUCAAAGUUAAACUUUCGCAAAGCCAUUGUCCAGUUGACGCAAAAAAACCAAAAGAUCGAUGCUGAUGACCCAUUUUGGGAUCAAUUCUGGUCGGGCCAUCAAACCACUUUGGAGGAUGUGUUUGCCUUGGUAACAGCUGGCGAGAUACGUAAUAUACGCAAUGAAAAUCCUGCAAAUUUGGCCACCUUAUGCUACAAGGCUGUAGAAAAACUUGCGGAGGCGGUGGACAGUAGCUGUCGUACCCAAGCCGAACAGCAGUGUGUAUUGAAUUGUGUGCGUUUGCUAAUACGCAUUAUGCCCUAUAUAUUCGAAGAUGACAAGUGGCGUCACUUUUUCUGGAGCAGUUUGCCAGCCUCCCAAGACAGGGCGAAUCUAAAGAGUAAGGUGGUGGGUGGGGGAGAAAUAGAUGAUGCCGAAACAGAACAUUUGGCUUCACAAAAUCAUACUGUACCCUUGGCCCAGUCUCUAUUGAAUGCUGUAUGCGAUUUAUUAUUCUGUCCUGACUUUACGGUGACUGCCACUCGACGCCCGGGACCUGAUAAGGCAGAGGAAUUGGCGAAUAUUGAUAGUUGUGAACAUAUAUGGGAGGCUGGUGUGGGUUUUGCUCAUUCUCCGCCCAAAAAUGCCCAUAUGGAACGUAGGCGUACAGAGUUGUUGAAAUUACUUUUAACCUGUUUCUCAGAGCCCAUGUAUCGCACGCCCCAGCCCACAGAGGAGCCCAACAAGUGGAUAGCAUAUUUUACCUCGGCUGACAAUCGCCAUGCCUUGCCCUUAUUUACCUCGUUCCUAAAUUCUGUAUGUUCUUAUGAUCCCGUGGGUUUUGGAGUGCCCUACAAUCAUCUGCUGUUCACUGACACUACUGAACCCUUAGUGGAGGCCUGCUUGCAAAUAUUGAUAGUUACUUUGGAUCAUGACAUGAUUAUGCAGCAACAACAGCUGCAGCAGCAUCAACUAGAACUACAAAGGCAUGGUAAGGGAGGCAGCAGCAGCAGUUCAGCGGCCCAGCCCACACCUUAUGAUGAUGUGUGCGGCGAUAAUUUAUUUAUUAACUAUCUGUCGCGUGUGCAUCGUGAUGAGGAUUUCCAUUUUAUUUUGAAGGGUAUAACGCGUUUGCUUAAUAAUCCUUUGGUGCAAAACUAUUUACCCAAUUCGACCAAACGUUUGCAUUGCCAUCAGGAGCUAUUGAUUUUGUUUUGGAAGAUAUGUGACUACAAUAAGAAAUUCCUGUAUUUUGUGUUGAAAAGUUCAGAUGUUUUGGAUAUUUUAAUACCCAUACUCUAUCAUUUGAAUUACUCGAGAGCAGAUCAAUCUAAAGUGGGUCUCAUGCAUAUAGGGGUGUUUAUAUUGUUAUUGCUUUCGGGUGAAAGGAACUUUGGUGUACGCUUAAAUAAACCCUAUACCGCCACCGUACCCAUGGAUAUACCCGUUUUUACCGGUACCCAUGCUGAUCUCUUGAUAACCGUAUUCCAUAAAAUCAUAGCCACUGGUCAUCAACGUUUACAGCCUCUAUUCGAUUGCUUGCUUACCAUUUUGGUAAAUGUUUCUCCCUAUUUGAAGACCUUAUCCAUGGUGGCCAGUGUUAAAUUGCUGCAUUUACUAGAGGCCUUUAGUACUCCCUGGUUUUUACUGUCCGCCCCCAGUAAUCAUCAUUUGGUGUUCUUUUUAUUGGAAAUCUUCAACAAUAUUAUACAAUAUCAAUUUGAUGGCAAUUCGAAUUUGGUUUAUACCAUAAUACGCAAACGUCAUGUAUUCCAUGCCAUGGCUAAUUUGCCCUCGGAUAUGACGGGCAUAGCCAAGUGUUUAAGUGGCCGUAAAGUGGGUAAAUUCAAUUUGCCACCAGUAAGGCAGAAGAGGCUGCCUACGGUAGUGCAAAGUAUCAAUAGCCCUUUGCCCAAUUGUACAGAAGAUGAUGAUGACGAUGAGGACUUGGAAGAGGAGGAGGAAGUGGUUAAAAAGGUGGCUGCUAUUAGUAAUAAAAGUGAAGAGCUUAAUAUUAGUUUGGUGGAGGAGUCAGAAACAGAAUCGCAUACCCAGCAGGGAGAGCAACAAAUGGAGGGAGCAUUUCCGGCUAUGCCCGCCGAACCGGGUACAUUAAAGGCUUCUUUGCCGGACACACCACACAUUAAUCAAAUGACAGAACGUGAGCAGGCCCAUCCGGGUUCGGCCGAUCAAACACCCACCAUAGAUGGCACCUCGGACAUAGUGCGUUUCGAUAAGAUCAACGAAAGAUCGCCACCUGAAUCUAGAACAGCUAGUCCCAAUGGUCAUUUGGAUAGUCACGAUGACAAGACACCCUUUAGCCGUCUGUCCGUGGCUCAUCGUGGCAGUAUACGCAUGGUGCAUCAACCCUCCGCCGAAGUAUGGACACCCACACCCGAAUGGAUUGUUUCAUGGCGCUCGAAAUUACCUUUACAAACCAUCAUGCGUUUGCUGCAGGUCCUAGUACCACAAGUGGAGAAAAUCUGCAUUGACAAGGGCCUAACAGAUGAAUCGGAAAUCUUGAAAUUUCUACAACAUGGUACACUGGUGGGUCUAUUGCCCGUACCACAUCCAAUACUCAUACGCAAGUAUCAGGCAAAUGCUGGCACUACGGCCUGGUUCCGCACCUAUAUCUGGGGUGUUAUUUAUCUGAGAAAUGUAGAGCCGGCCAUUUGGUAUGACACAGAAGUGAAAUUAUUUGAAAUCCAAAGAGUCUAAAGAAAGAAUUGCAAAACGAAACUAAUAAUAGGUAAGAGACACACGAUACACUACACACAGCAUUAAGGUAUUUCUAAUAGGAGCAAAUAUGAAGUUUUCCGGAGAAAUUUCAGAAUUAUUUAUUAAGAAACACAAAAUAAAUUUAAUUAAGCUUAAAAGGGGCUCGAUACACCAAUAGAAAUUUAAAUAAUACAAGAUUUUGAUCCAUUGUUUUACAGAAACUAUUGGUAAAACAAAACUGAAACUUCUUUCAAAUUGUUUGAUUUUAAAAUUUGAUGGAAACAUUAACACUCUUAGAAAAUUCGUAUUCUAACAUCCCAUACAAACAAUUGAUUCUAUUCCUGCUAUAUUUAAAGGUAAUUCAAGUCACCGUUUUGUAACCCUGCGAAAAUGCGAAAUUUUGCACAAUCACAACAAUCAUACGUAUUAUGUAUGUUGUUGUUGUGAUUAUGCAAAAGUUCACAUUUUCGCAGGGGAACAAAAUGUUGACUUGAAUUAUAGCAAAUAUUUAAUGCUUUUUGUAUAUAAAAUUAAAAAAUGUUUAAAAUGUCCAUUCCUCACGUCUAUACCUGCAAAGCUUUUUACAUCUAACUAAAACAGAAACGUAGUCAUCUAUAAUGUACAACAUUCCAAACAAAAUACUUUUGUACCACUCAUCUCGCCUCAAUCUAUUCAUCUCCCAUUCCCACAUCUUUGACUACGCUUUUGUUAACGACUUUUUGUAGUCAUUAAAUGAAAACCGCUCAAAAUUACUCAACUGCUUUUUUUAACCUUAAAAACAAACAAAAAAAUUAUGAUAAAAAUCAAUCUUUUUAAAUAUUCCCUUAUCGCUUAUUGUGGAAAUUACUCUUUACAUAGAAAAUCACUUAACCAACUUAUCUAUCAUUUAAUUAAAUAGUAAUGUUUUUCUAUCGUCAACAUAUUCACACUGACUUUUUUUUCUAAAACUCAGGUGUCUGCAAAUAUUAAAGUUUUUGAAACGAAACAAAACAGAAAAACUUGCAACUACUAUAUUUAUUUAUAUAAUACCUUUGUAAUAAUAUAUUUUAAAGUCUGCUUAAUAAUUUUUUUUUUUUUUUUUUUUUUUUUUUUAUUAAUUCUUCAAUUACAUAACCGAGCCCUUAAGGGCCUUAUAUGGUUAAUAAAAGCUACUAACUAUAUAAAAAACUACAAUUAACAAAAAUAUAUACAUUUAAAUUUAAAGUACUAUACAUUGUAAAUAAAGUACAAAAUAAGUAAUCAUUAAGAUUUGAGAUCAAUAAAUAGUAAAAGUGAAAACAAGCCAUAAUGAAUGCUGGAUAAGAUUCUUAUUGUUUUUCAUUGCUUAACAGUACAUAGUAUAGUUUUAAAUAAUCUUUAUAAAUCUGUUACGCGUUAAGAUAAACAUGCGAUUCUGCAAGUUCUAAUAAUUUUAAUUUUAAUUGAGGAAGUGUAUAAGAAAAUUUUCUCAAUUCUCUCGGUAAGGCAUUCCAAAUUUUAGAUAAACGAAUUUGAAACGAUUUCUGAAAGCAGUUCAAGUGUCUAAUGGGAAAAAUUAUCUGAGUGUUUCUGGUCGAACGAGAAAAAUUAAACAUGCCAACAAUAUACCCAGGGUAACCUUUAACAAUUGAUUUAUAAAAAAAUAAUAGCAUCCUAAUACCAAUAAAAUCAUCAAAAGAUGAUCCAAGGAACUUAUAUAUAUGCUGAGUAACAUGAUCUCGUAUUUUCAAACCAAAAACGUAACGGAUAAUCCUGUUAAAAAUCUGUCUAUAUUUUCUUAGUAUCUGGGCCCCUGUACCCGAAAAUACUUCGGCGCAAUAUAGUAUAUGUGGCAUUAAGACAGCCGAAGCAACUCGUCUUCUGAUUGAGCAAGGUAAAUUUUUAGCUAUUUUUGUGUGUGUAUUUUAAUUUAAGUGCAAUUUUUUUAUAAAAAAAACAGUAAAACCCUUAAACCUUUACAUUUUAUUUCCGUUUAUUUUAAUUAUAAAGAAAAGUAUUUAUUUUAUUUUUAAAUAACAAAACUAUUAAGUAAAAUUAAAUAAAAAAACUAUAUUCCAAUUUAAGCAAAUAAAUAUUAUUGUAUUAUGUUAUAAAACUAAAAAUAUAUAAAUAUAAAAUAAAAUUAUAA